AUGGCAGUAGAUCCGCAACCCAAGCUCACAACCUCAGCUGCUACCAUCCGGGGCGAUGACGAUAAAUCCAGCACGGGGGCAAAGCCGGACGAAGCUCUAAGCGACACGGACACAAACCCGCCGGCAGCAAUAACGAAAACGAGCGAAGCAGACGGCAGCGCGCAGGCAUCCUCGAGUCCGUCUCAAGAAAACACAGAUGUAGAAAAGGGACCCGAGAAAGCAACUGUGGACGACAAGGAAAUUGAGACAACCUCAGUUGACGGCAACAUAGUGUUUUGGGAUGGCCCUGAUGAUCCCGAGAACCCUCUCAAUUGGCCCAACUGGGUGAAAUGGAGCAACUGUGCCCUGAUAAGUCUCCUCACCUUCGUCGAACCUCUCGCCUCUUCCAUCUUUGCGCCAGGAGUACCAUUGGUAUUGCAGGAAUUCAAUACUACGAACACAGAGCUUGCUGCCUUCGUUGUCUCCGUGUACGUUCUCGGCUUCGCCUUCGGGCCAAUGGUACUGGCUCCUCUCUCGGAAAUGGUCGGUCGCGUCCCAGUCUACCACGUCUGCAACGUCUUCUUCCUCGCCUUUACCAUCGCCUGCGCCAAGGCCCCGUCCAUGGGGGCGCUCAUCGUGUUUCGCUUCCUUGCGGGUACGUUUGGCGCCGCCCCCAUGACGAACGGUGGUGGGAGUAUCGCCGAUAUGUUCACCCCCGAGCAGCGGGCUGGUGUUAUGGCUGUCUUUACUGUCGGUCCUCUGAUCGGUCCCAUCAUCGGCCCCGUCAUCGGAGGAUUCCUCACAGAAUCCAAGGGUUGGCGGUGGGACUUUUGGCUCAUCACCAUUGUCGCAGGUGCCAUUACUAUCGCCAUGGCCGCUCUCAUGCGCGAGAGCUAUGCGCCCAUUGUGCUAUCUCGCAAGGCGGCGCGCCUAAGGAAAGAGACUGGGAACCCCAAUCUGCGUUCCAAGAUGGAUGGUGGGAGAACCAAGGCCGAGUUGUUCAAGCACUCUAUCAUCCGGCCCUCCAAGAUGCUGGUAUUUUCUCCCCUGUGCGCGAUCUUUGCUAUCUAUCUAGGUCUCUGCUAUGGCUACCUUUAUCUUCUCUUUACCUCUGUCACCUUCGUAUUUGAGAGCACCUAUAAGUUUUCCACGAAUACUGUUGGCUUGGUAUAUUUGGGUUUGGGCGUCGGCUGUAUCAUUGGCAUGGGCAUCUUCGCUUGGGAUGCUCAAAGGGAGGUCAAGCGGUCAAUCGAAAACGGCGGCCUCAAGCCCGAGGUCCGGCUGAAGAUCCUUCCAUACGGUGCACUCAUCUUCCCGAUUGGCUUCUUCAUCUACGGCUGGACAGCACAUCAUGUAACGCACUGGAUAGGCCCCAUCGUAGGCUUGGUCAUCAUCGGUAUUGCUAAUCUCAUCUGCUUCAUGACGAUUUGCGUCUACCUUGUUGACUCUUUCGAGACAUACUCGGCCUCCGCUCUUGCAUCGAACACCAUCAUUCGAUCAUUUGCAGGUGCCCUUCUCCCACUUUGUGGGCUCAAGAUGUACGACAAACUUGGAUUGGGAUGGGGCAAUACAAUGCUUGGUUUGAUUGCCGUUCCUCUCAUUCCGGUCUCAUUUCUUAUCAAACAAUACGGCGAGAAGCUUCGUACCAAGUACGAAAUCAAGAACUUGUAG